AUGGACAAGAUGUCAUCAGCAGGUUUGAACGCUGGGAGGAAAAAUGCAUACACAGCAAUCAAAGUAGAUCCUGAUGAGGAUUACUGUACCCCAGGUGCAUUUGAAUUGGAGCGACUCUUCUGGAAAGGAUGUCCGAAGUACACUCAUGUCAAUGAAGUUUGGCCCAACCUUUACAUAGGAGAUGAGAAAACUGCGUUAGAUCGCUACAGCCUUCAGAAGGCAGGCUUCACCCACAUCCUCAAUGCAGCCCAUGGUCAGCGGAAUGUGGACACAGGACCAGAAUAUUACCACGACAUGACUGUGGAGUACCAUGGAGUGGAAGCAGACGAUCUCCCCACUUUCAAGCUCAGCCAGUUCUUUUAUUCCGCUUCUAAAUUCAUUGAUAAUGCGCUUCAGGAUGAAAGAAACAAGGUUUUGGUUCACUGUGCUAUGGGUCGCAGCCGGUCAGCCACAUUGGUCUUGGCUUACCUGAUGAUUUACAAGAACAUGACAGUGGUGGAUGCCAUUGAGCAAGUAUCAAGACACCGAUGCAUCCUGCCAAACCGGGGCUUCUUGAAGCAGCUGAGAGAACUGGACAUAGCGUUGGCGCUGCAGAGGAGGAACACCAAAAACAGCCUACCAUCUGAUGAUGACGAGAACAGCACCAUGAUCUAG